AUGAAAAUUGAAUGUGGUGGUCUACUGUUCACAUCCGAUUUUGAUUCAGGAAAUUUAGACAAAGUAGAGUAUGUAGAUUCGUUUGAUGAUAGUGAAACCAAAAUACCUGGAUGUAUUACUGAAACUAGUCUGCCGCCUUUAUCUAACUACAGAUUUGCUAGAAGACCUCCAACUCGUACUGAAACGCCUUUCUCAUCUCCUGUUCAUGUUAAAAAGUAUAAUUUGAAGCGACAUUCUUUCGGCCCACAAAUAAAGAAAACUUUUUCUACCGAAUCAGUUUCUGUACUCAAUCAAUCGGUAAAAGAGUUUAAAGUCUGGACAAGGCCUGACUGUUAUGGUACUUCGUUUCAGACGACUUUUAGAACAUGGUUUCAUUUUGGUGUUGCUGGUGGACCUCCAGGUGGAUUGAUAAAAAUAAAUGUAAUGAAUCUCAAUCGACAGGGAAAGUUAUAUUUUCAUGGAAUGAAACCAGUUUUUAAAGUCGUGCCAUCUAAAGAUGGGUGGAAAAGAAUUCCUGGAAAAGUUGAUUUCAAGUGUGGAACUGACGGAAAUUUCAUGAUAAGUUUUUGCCAUACCUUGCCAUUCGACUGCAGCUCUGUUACUUAUUUUGCAUUCACCUUUCCUUUUACCUACACUGAGUGUCAAAACAUGCUUGAUGCAGUUGAUGCCAAAGUUGGAUCAUCGUUAUACAUUUCGAAAACAAAUAAACCACCAGAUAGUGCCAUUUAUUACUGCAGAGAGUUAUUAUGCAACUCUACUGAAGGAAAUAAAGUAGAGCUACUGACAAUAACAUCUUGCAAAGGCUUGUCAAUGGAAAGGGAGAAAAGUUUGCCUGACCUUUUCCCAGACAGCUCCAAACCAAGAUGUCAUGUUUUCCAAAAUAAGAAGAUCAUCUUUGUCAGCAGUAGAGUGCAUCCAGGAGAAACUCCAUCUAGCUUUGUUUUCAAUGGAAUGCUUGAUUAUUUAUUAUAUUCUAAAGACUGUAGUGCAAACAGACUCAGAAAUCUUUUCGUGUUCAAGUUAAUACCAAUGCUUAACCCAGAUGGCGUUAGGCGUGGACAUUAUAGAGCUGAUGUUAAAGGGCUAAAUCUCAAUCGCAUAUAUAUGGUAGCAAAUUUUCAAGAGCACCCAUCUAUAUAUGCUGCAAGGACGUUGCUUUUGCACUACCACACAAGCUAUUCUACAGCCGUCGAUCCCACAGUGCCUGUGAGCAAAAGUAAUCAUAAGAAAAUAAGAAAUAAUCAAACUCACGUGUCUUUAAAUCAGCCCAACAAAGAUUCUAUCCCCUGUGCAAACAGAAAGUUGCCCAAAGAUCUUAUAAAUCAAAUGCAUAAAAAAACUGUUCUACGCAAGCACUCUUUACAUACAUGUGAUACGUUGACUAAAAAUUUAAACUUUUUUGCAUCUGUUCCUGUUGUGGUCCCGUUUUCUUACAAAGGAAGAAGCUCUGUAUCUAAUUCACCUAAUCCUGGAAGCAGUGCAAAUUCCCCAAAGAAAUCAAAACGUAUUUCUACUACUUUCAUAUCAAGUGAGGCAUGUGAGUCUAUUUCUAAGGAAAAAGAAACUGUUUUUAAACAAGAAACUGAGUCUUCUUCUGCUUGUAAGGAGUGUAAAGCUUCUGAAUAUCCAUCCAAAAAGAUUACCCUGGAGAAUGAUUCUUCUUGCAACUGUGUCGAAGCAAGCGAUGCCGAUGAAUCGUCUUCUUUCGACUAUGAGAUGAUGUUAGGAGAAGGAGAUGCGUCCAAGUUAUUGAAAGAUGUCCCAUGCUUGAAACCAGAAGAGAGCGGAAUUGCUUAUUAUUUCGACUUGCAUGGACAUGCAUCUAAGCGAGGCUGUUUCAUCUAUGGGAAUUAUUUUCCGGACAUCGAUAAAAUGGUUGACUGCAUGUUUCUACCCAAGUUGAUGUCAAUUAAUUGUCCCUAUUUUGAUUUUUCUGCUUGUAAUUUCUCAGCUGAGAACAUGUAUUCUGGGUCCAACUCAAACAUACAAAGUAAAGAAGGAAGUGGCAGAGUGUCUUUAUAUGUUCUCACUGGCAUCAUUCAUAGCUAUACUUUAGAAUGUAACUAUAACACAUGUCGCUUCACAACAAAUCAAAAGAAACCCAAGAGGUUAACAAAUGAUGUGCCUUCUCAAGUAUUUUUUACACCGGAAAUUUAUCAGCAGGUUAGU